AUGACGAUACACCAGUAUGUUGCAAAAUUUGCAGAGUUGUCACGCUUCACCUCAUAUUUGAUUCCUGAUGAGGAGAAGAAAACCCAGAGGUUUGAAGAGGGUUUAAAUCACAGGAUCCACAAACGGGUUAUUGUUCUACAAAUUCAAAACUUUUCAAACUUGGUACAUAAAGUGAUGCUAGUGGAGUCGAAUCUUAAGAGAAGCGCUAAGUUGCAGGAAAGAGCUACUCUACAUGGAUCCUCUAGUAUGGAUCAAGGGCCAUGGAAAAAGAGAAAUGAAGGUAGCAAUUCAGGUCAGAGACAGAUGCAGGGAUAUCAAUUGUAUAACCCCUACAAGUUUUAUCACCAUGUACACACUGGAGAGUGUAGAAAGGAAAAAGGGGCAUGUUUUUUAUGUGGAAAGAUUGGCCAUUUCAUUAGAGAUUGCCCAUUACUGAGGGAAGACAACAAGAAGCCUAACCCACCUCCAGGUUCUCGACAGAUGACACAGGGAAACAAUCAGCCUAGAAUGGGACUAGCUCGAGUGUUUGCAUUGACAACUGAAGAUGCUGAGGACGAUAACAGUGCGAUCACAGGUACCCCACUCCUUUUUCUCCUUAAAAGCUUUUUGUUUUAG